UCUGCUAUAUCAUGUAUAAAUGCCGUUCAGGUUAUUAAGCAUUCCCAGCCACCUCCAACCCACGCUAGGCAGUAAGCACUAAGCAACGUCUAUUUCUCCGUCAACUCACUUUCCCACUCUUCUUUCCCUCGCUUUCCCCAGAAAAUGUCCUCAGGGCUAGGAAAAAACAACAUCCGUCGCAUUGUCAGGGUUCGUCAGAUGCUCCAGCGGUGGCGCCUGAAGUCACGCAUCACAGCCUCCCGCGCUCCGUCCGAUGUUCCCGCCGGUCACGUGGCUGUUUGCGUGGGCACCAGUUGCAAGAGAUUCAUCGUGCGGGCAACGCAUCUGAACCACCCCAUCUUCAAGAGGCUCCUCGUGCAAGCCGAGGAGGAGUACGGGUUCUCGAACCAGGGCCCUCUGGCGAUCCCUUGCGACGAGUCGCUUUUCGAGGAGGUUCUCCGAGUUGUGUCGAGGUCCGAAUCGGCUCGGUUCUCGAGUCUCGAAGAUUUUCAAAGGCGUUGCCACGUAGACAUCCGGAGCCAUCUUGACUUCUUGGGCGAAUCUCGGCCGUUGCUUCGCGUCUCUUCUGACAAAUCAAUAUGCUGAAGUAACUCCGAGUGAGAUUCUGGUUGGCCCGGAGCUCAGCCAAAUGACCAUCCAGUUUUUGGAUUUCAUAGUAUAAUUACUUACUUGCGUUGGUGGCUACUUCUUUCAUUCAAGCUUGGCUAUAACAAGUCGGCUCUGUUUGAAAGUGAUUAAGAUCUUAUUAAUUCUCUGAUUAUCAUGUCUCCUGUAAAGAAUUUUACGAACUGAUUGUAGGAAUUGCUGAGAUGCUA